AUGGCUUCUUCCACCUCUCUCCUCCCCACCCUCCUGGUGCUGCUCGCCGUCGCCGCCAACGCGUCUGCGGCUGCGACGACGUUCGUCCGGGCCACCGACCUCGCCGAGCUGCUUGACGUCAAGUCGUGCACGGGGGAGAUCAUCCUGUUCUUCCUCAACGGCGAGGCGUACCUGGGGCCCGGGUGCUGCCGCGCCAUCCGCGUCAUCGAGCAGCGCUGCUGGGCCGCCGACCUCAUGCUGUCCGUCAUCGGGUUCACCCCGGAGGAGGGGGACAUGCUCAAGGGCUACUGCGACGCGGGCGACGACGGCGGCGAGGGGCAUCAUCAUGGCGUCGGCGGGUCAUCUCCGGCCCCGCCGCCUCACCGUGCUCUUGACGGCGUCGCGAGUGGCGGCACAGCGGUGCCCGUGGCCGGAAGGAAAGGGCUUGGUGCGCCGUUAGAUGGUUAA